AUGCAGUCAAAACUGAGUGCUGUGGGGCAAAUAACGCAAAUGAAGCCUGGAUUAGCAUCACAACUACAUACCUCAGCUCCAGUAUGCAGAGUUGUCUCUGGCAAAUACCGAAUUACUAAAAAAAGAGAUAGACCACUUACAUAUGAAAUGGCAAACCCACCACACUUCAUUGCUCACCGCAAGUCUUGGAAUUCAUGGAAUACAUCCAGUAUGAAAGAUGGCCUUCGUAGAUCAGAGACAGCAGUAGAGGAUGAAUUCAUCAGACGCUUUAUGAAUGGGACUUGGCAUGGGCUUGUAUGCAGUGAAGUCAUUAUUAAAAGGCAGUUCAAUCACAUUAGAGUUGCCGCAAUCAUAAGGAGAGCAGUGUCACCUACAAAAAUGUAUUUCCUUCUUGGUUACACAGAAGAACUCCUGGCCAAUUGGCUCCAGUGUCCCGUUACCUUGGAACUGCAAACAGUUGACAGCUUCCAGGAUGUUGUUUUCAAAUACAUA